CACAAUUCUGAUUCUGUGUCGAGGUUCCCCCUAACCGAGGGAUCCAUUACCCCCACACCUGUCAGGGGAAGGAUUUCUCAGAGAGAAAGGCUGUGCCACUUACUGGGAAGGUCAAGGCUUUUUGGCACCGAUUUGAAAAAAAACAAACAAGGUCCUGUCUCUGGUUACCCAACAGCUCCUUGCAGAUAAGGAGGGUGGUUAGCAAAGUGGUCAAGCUUGUGGCGUGCUCUUGCAGUUGCUUGAAGGUUUCCUUACCACUGGGUCUGGGCUCUCGAGAUGAAGAAACUGGUCAGAAAAACAUCCUGUUGCUUCACCUGCCCGUGUGCCAACUUGCUUUUGCCCUUUGUGUGGCAGUGGGAAUGAGGGCUUGUGGAUGGAGCCUGUGGAAGAAUCGAGUGCCGGCUGCUCUGACCUGGCAGGGAAGGAAUUGGGAAUGUUCACCUUCCCCGUCCUCCUGCUGGGCUGUGCCUGACCUCAGCCUCUGUUAAAAUCCUGAAAAUCCAAGCCCAGAUGUGUCAUCCCCUCGCUGCAGAGCCCAGCCCAGCUUGUCCCACCUUGGCUACCRUGUGCUUUGCCCUGGUAGCCACCACCCCCCUGUGCUCUCUCCCGUGAUCCCAAGCCCGUAACUUGCUCUGGUUUCCCUGCAGCCGCCACGAUGCCGCUKUCCCAGAGCAGGGCUGGGCAGACCCCGUGCAGCAGCAAAGUGUGCAGGAACCUCUUUGGCCCCGUGGACCACGAGCAGCUCCAGAACGACUUUGAGGACGAGAUGAGACAGCAGCUGGAGGAAGCUCAGCAGCGCUGGAACUUCAACUUUGAGACGGAGACUCCCCUGGACGGGCCCUUCAAGUGGGAGAGGAUCCUGGUGGCUCAGCAGCCGCCCCAGGAGGUUGCCAGCCUGGUCAGGGCUGUCAUCGGCGGUGACAGCAGGAGCUCCUCAGCCCACAGGGUCCCCCCCUGUGACCGUGCUGGCAGGAAUUGCCCUGAGGAUCCCCAGCAGGGCUCCAAGGUUUACAAGGCUGGCUCCCCACAGAGCUUGAAGCGUGGGCAGACCACGAUCAAAGACUUCUACAGUGCCAAGAGGAGGAUCGUCCCUGCCCGGCCCAGGCCGUGAGCGCGGGGGCAGCUGCUGAUGGCGGCGGUGGCCGCGGUGCCCCCGCCCUGAGCUGUGUAAGCUGAGCUGUACCAAGCGAUGUAGAGUCUGUAGUUCCCUAUUUAUGAAUAGCUCUGGGGUCCUGAGGGACCUUCACUGUGUGCAAUGUACAGGAGGAGCUGGAGGAGGACUGACAUGGGCCUGGUGGGGCCAAGCACCGUCCUUGUGCCAUCCUGCUGUCCCCUGCCUGGGGGMCACCGCUGUCCCAACCACCUGGUGGCACCAGAUCUCUUUAAGAAAAGUCACUGGUGUGGGUUGUAGAGCCCUGGGACACCGCAGAGCCGAGGACACCCCAGCUGCUGGCACUUGGGGGUGGCCCUGUGGCCCUGCAGGAUGGACGCUUGCCCAUGUGUGGGAGUGGAGGCUGCGGGCAGAGAGAGCUGCUCCCUGGACAGCCCUUCCUCGGGGUGACUCUGGGAACAGCCACAGGGGACCAGCACUGCCUGGGAGGCUUUGGGAUCCUUUGCUCUCAGCUGGCCCCAAAUCCUGCUCCCUUUACCGUGCUGUUGGGUGGUGCUGCCACGUCCGUGCCUCCCCCAACGCUGACACCAGGCUGGRGAGCCCCUGCUCUGCCUCUCUUGGGCUCCUCUAGGAAUAAGUCCAGCUCGCCAGCAGGGAUGAUGCUGGAAUAAGGAAUUGUAGCUUGUUUUCCUGGACUUUUUCUCCUUUGGGGCUGGUGGGGAGAGGACCCUCAGCUGGCUCUGCUCUGGGGCCAAGGGAUGGCCUGGAGCAGYGGCUGCUCAGCUCCAGCACUGAAGGACAAGUCCCUGCUCCUGAGGGGCUUGGCACUGCCAGGUCUCAGCACUUUUGUGGGGUUCAUCUCCUGCUCUGCUGGAUUUGGACUCUGGAAACUGGUGCAAGAUGGUCCCAGGAAGAAAAGGGACAGGRCUGAUCUCCCGCCUUGCACCACGAUGCACUUUGCUGUCGGUGAAGCUGCUGAGCUCCCAGCACUAAAUGUUAAUUUAUAUUUAAAAUAAUGCUAUUAAGUGUAUGUGGGGAAAGGGGAAAGACCUGUUUGUCUGUGUUAAUUCUGAAUAAACACUUGUGUA